AUGAUCCGCGAUUCGUCAAGACAUGACGACAAUAUCAACGACUGGGACACGGCAUUCCACGUCAUCAUCGGCUUCUUCAACCUCACCAUGGAUCGAUUUUAUUCCCUCUUCAACGCGGCACAAGCCAGCGCAGACAUGCAGGAGCUGGAAGGCAUGCUUGAGAAGUGGCAAAAGAAGAAGCCGGUGUUUGACGGCAAGUACCACAGCAUUCAAUCGGUGAUCUACAGGCUGCGGAAGUCGCUGGACAGGCGGCAGCAUAGUGAGCGACAGCGGCAGAGGAUGGAGGAAGGGCAGCUGCUGCAUAGCGAGUUCUUCCCUCAAGGUCAGCGCCUGACCAGCAUGCAGGAUGUGGAUGGUCCGGGCGAGCUCAGCUUCGAUGGCCGCCCCCGGCAUGACAAUGACCACCUUGAAAUCUCAGCCAUCUCAGUGGCGCCAACGAUGGAGGAAGUGCUGUGCAAGGCGUCGCUGUACCUGCCGCACAACCACCCCAACGAGCUGCACCACCUGCCAGCGGGCUCCGUAGCCCGCCACGUGGACAUCCACUUCCGCCUGCUGCGCCACGACCUCAUCGCCCCCCUCUGGAGCAAGGCGCUCUUCCUCCUCCACCACCUCAACCACGAAUCCUCCCGGGAUGCUCGUGGCGGGGGGAGUAGCAACAGGAACAGCGGCGGCGGCGGUGGUGGUGGUGGUGGUGGCAGAGGCGGCAGCAGAGACGAGGCGAUGGGGCUGUUGAGGGCGGACAGGGAGUUGGUGCGGGGUCUGACGGAGGAUAUGAAGGGCGUGGUGGGGUUUUCGUCAGAGGACAUGGACGUGUUUUUGCUCAGGGACGUGCGUGUGCUGGGUAUUGACACGGACAGGCGCAGCGGCGUGCACUUUCUAGUUGACUUUUUGGAGCCUCCCAUGCCGCGGGGCCGGCAUUCUCGUAGCAGCAGGGUGGAGUUCUGGGAGAACACUCGGAGGCUGCAGAACGGCUCCCUGGUCUGCCUGUGGAUCCGAGACAUUCAGUCCGGUCAUACUCACACUCACACUCACACUCACAGUCACACGCAGCAACAGCUGCAGCAACAGCAAAUCCCCCCUCCGAGGGACACUCACGCUUCAGCGAGCGACUCUUCCUCCCACCGGCUCAUCUUCGCCACCAUCACAGCCCGCGACACAUGGAGGCUUGCCACUGCCAGGCCGCAGAUCGGCGUUCAGCCGUGCGGGGGCAAUGGGUUCAGUUCAGACCUGCUGGGGCUGAUAGCUCAGGACGGCAAUGGGGGGAGUGGCGGGAGGAUGCAGGUGGUGAUGCUGGAAGCGGCUGGAAGCUUUUUCGCGUAUGAGCCGAUUCUGAAGGCGCUGCAGAGCAUCACUGACACGUCGCUUCCCUUCUCUGAGUACAUCUGUGGAGCACCUGGUGGAGCACCUGGUGGAGCACCUGGUGGAGCACCUGGUGGAGCACCUGGUGGGACACCUGGGAGGGCACCUGGAGCGUAUAAGCUGCCUGCGUACAUUAAGGGGGGCAUGAUGUACGAUUUGAGCCUACUGCUCAAGACCAAGGCACCCUCAUCCUCCUCCUCCCAGCAGCCACAGACUGAUUCAGAGGACGAGUUCGCCGUCAGGAACGUGAUGAUCUCCAGCCCUGCGGCCUUCCCCGUGGAUGCUCUCCUGCGCUGCACGUCGCUGGACGAGCCCCAGACUACGGCACUCCAGGCUGCCCUCACUCAGGAGUUCGCGCUGCUGCAGGGCCCACCAGGAACCGGCAAGACGUUUGUGGGGAUAAAGCUUGUGGAGCUUCUGCUGAGCAAUGCUCUCAAGAAGAGCAGUUCGUUAGGACUGUUUGCUCGGGGCAGGGAGGUGGCAAGUUCUGCGGGGCCCAUCCUGUGCGUGUGCUUCACCAACCACGCUCUGGAUCAGUUUCUGGAAGGCCUCAUCGCCAGCGGCAUCAAGAACGUGGUGCGCGUUGGAGGACGGAGCAAGUCAGAGAUUCUGCAAGAGUACAACCUUCGCGAGAUCAUUCUAAACUCUGGUCCACAGCGCAGCAAAACGUACAGGCAAUCGAACUAUGAGGUGAAAGUCAAGCUGGGCGAGGUGGAGGAGGUGAUAGGCAGGUAUAGUGACGCCCUGCAACAGCGCAGCGACAACGUGGCGGCUGUGGCUUGGCGCUCCAUAGCCCCCCACCUCAUGGCCAACCACCCUGUUUUCUUCCACGCGCUCGUCCCCACCAGCAAGGCAGAUGCCAAUGGUUUUAAGCAAGUGGGGCGAGACAACUGGGACCGGUGGAAGCAAGGCCUGCCCAAGAAAAGCUUUCACUUGAAGAAGGUUGCUGCUGAGACACGGGGGGAUCAAGGUCAUGUAUCCGGCAGGGGGAAGGGAGGCGGAGGGGGAGGAGGAGGGGGAGGAAGGGCGGGAGCCCUGCCUCAGGGAGGGGGAAUGGGAGUAGUAGUGGGAGUGGUUAUAGGCACUUUUGGACAACAGGCUCCAAUGCAGAACGCUUUUGGUGCCCUGGGAUUGCUUGGGGAUCUGGAGUUUGGGGAAGGGUGGGAUAUAAGCAGUGUGAAGAAUGGCGGAGUGAGUGCGGAGCUGAGUGAAAUCGUCGGGUUGAUGGGUUCGUACUUUGAUGGUGGCGGCAGUGGUGGUGGGUAUUCAGUGUCAGGCACGGGAUUUGACAGCUCGUGGCUGAGCCUUGCUUCCUCUAGGGGAGCGAGAGGGGCAGGCGGUGCAGGAGGUGCAGGGGCAGGAGGCUCAGGAGGGGUAGGAGUAUUUCCUGUGAAGGAGGAUCUCUCACACGCGUUCAAUGACUUGAGUAUUCACGAUGGCAUGCGACGAGAAGGUGGCAGGGGGAACACGGGCGCCAGGCAGGAGCACGGGAGCAUGGGGAAGGUGAUGGAGGAAGAGGUGGAGGAGGAGGAGGUGUGGACGGGUCCGGAGGUGGAUGAGGCGAGUGACAGGGGGGUGGAUGAGCUGUUGGGGUUGGCAGACCCGUGGGCAACGAGUGGGCUGGAGAGGAGGAAGCUGGUGGCGUUCUGGGUGGGGGAGCUGCGCGCCACUGCCACUUCUGCCAUUGAGGCUGAGGUGGCGAACUAUUCGAGGGUGAUGAGGGAGCGCAACGAGCUACGGCAAGUAGAGGACCUGCAGGUGCUGAGGAGGGCGCAGGUGGUGGGCAUGACAACUUCUGGGGUGGCUAAGAUGCAGAGCCUCAUCACGGCACUCGGCCCGCGAGUUGUCAUCGUGGAGGAGGCUGCUGAGGUGCUGGAGGCGCACAUUCUGACCUCCCUCACCCCGCAGACCCAGCACGUUAUUCUCAUAGGCGACCACCUGCAGCUGCGGCCCAAGGUUGAAGUCUACGAGCUGAGCAAGGACUCCCACAAGGGCUUCGACCUGGACGUCUCUCUCUUUGAACGCCUCGCGCACUCAAAGCAGAUCCCCGUGUACACCCUCGCCACACAGCGCCGCAUGCGCCCGGAUAUUGCCGAUCUUAUUCGCUACACCAUCUACCCCGGCCUGAAGGAUCACCCAUUCGUGCAAGGAUACCCAGACGUGAGGGGCAUGGCGGCCAAUCUGCACUUUUGGGACCACGGCUUUCCCGAGACUGGAGGGGACGACCUGGGGGAGGGCAAGUCCAAGUCCAACGCGGGCGAGGCAGCCAUGGUGGUGGCCCUCGCCACGUACCUCCUGCAGCAGGGGUACACGGGAGGGGAAAUCACCAUCCUCACGCCCUAUGUAGGCCAGCUGCUGAAGCUGCGUCAGGCGCUUACUCAGGUGGUGAAUGUGCGCCUGGGGGAGGGGGAUGCAGAGGUGGUGGAGGAGGCCGAGGAGAAGGCGGCUACCAGGGAAGGUGCAGCUGGGGGGGAGGCGGCUGGGGGGGCAGGAGAGGCGGCCGCGGGGGUGGGGAGUUCAGCGGCGAAUGGGAAGGGGUUAGAGCUGGAGUUAGCUGCGCCUAAAGUGACCACGGCGGAUCUGAAGGAUGCGGGCGAGGAGAGCACGGUGAUCAUCAUCUCGCUCGUACGGAACAACGUGGACGGCAACAUCGGGUUCCUCAAGAGCCCCAACCGCACCAACGUGCUGCUGUCCCGCGCCAAGCAUGGCAUGUACAUCGUUGGCAACGCCGGCACCAUGAAGGCUGCGACCUCCAAGUCCGUGCUCUGGCCUCGGAUCAUGGAUAUGCUGGAAAGCAAGGGGCGCGUGCAGAAGUUUAUUCCGCUUCGCUGUGUGAACCACCCGGACACGGUGACGCACAUUGAGAGAGCCGGGGAGUUCAAGGAGAAAGCCAGCGAGGGCGGGUGCUCCCAGAUGUGCGGCUUCAGACUCACUUCUUGCGGCCAUACUUGUCCCCGCAGGUGCCACAGUGACGACAGAGCGCAUGCCCGUGCGUUCUGCCCCAAGGAGUGCAACUGCAUUCGGCCUCUGGAGGAGUGUCCGCACCAGCACACGUGUCCCAAGCGGUGUGGCGAGCCCUGUGGGCCCUGUCUGGUCACCACCAGGGAACUCACACUCCCCUGCGGCCAUCAGGCCUUCAAUGUCCCCUGCUUCAAGGUUCAGAAUCCCUCCACCAUCUUCUGCUCGAUACUGAUGGAGGUCACGAUGCCCCUGUGCGGGCACAAGCAGACAGUCAAGUGUGGCGAGGCCGCCACCAGAGUAACCAAACCUGAGCUCUGCACGGCUCGCUGCGGUGUUGUCCUCUCGGACUCCUGCGGGCACACCUGCAUCUCUCCCUGCGGCCACUGCAUCGUUGCUCCAGCUGUCACCACCGACCAGGGGCAGGGCGUACAACAGCAGCAGCCACAGCAGCAGCCACAGCAGCAGCAGCAGCUAGAGAGAAACCACAAGAAGUGCAUGCAGCAGUGCAAGCGACCCCACCCCUGCGCACACCUCUGCCCGGACCCCUGCCACAGCGGCACCCCCUGCAAGCCCUGCACCAGAAAGUGUCUCGUGGCCUGCCAGCACAGCUCCUGCCCCCAACCCUGCCACCGAACCUGCGCGCCCUGCGCCGAGCCUUGCGGGUGGCACUGCAAGCACCAGGGUCGGUGCUCGCUCCCCUGCGGCGCCCCCUGCGACCGCCUCCCGUGCGAGCAGCGCUGCGAGAAAAAACUCAAAUGCGGCCACCAGUGCCCGUCCCUCUGCUCCGAGAAAUGCCCUCCGAAGGGGUUCUGCGCGGUUGAAGGGUGUGGGGCGAAGGAGAAGAGGGAUAUGACUGUGGAUCUAGUCACUCUGGAGACGCUAGGGGAGAUUGAUCCGGACGAGAGUCCCGUGCUGGUGCUGCCGUGCGGUCAUGCUUACACUGUGGAGACUCUUGACGGCCACCUGGGUCUGAACCAGGUUUACCAAGAGUCAGAAGAAGAAGAAAAAGGGUCUGCUAGUGGAAGCAGUGCUGCUGAAGGUGGGGCAGGAGGCCGAGCAGGAGGUGGUUCACAAGCAGCUGCAGGCAAGUGGGUGGCAGUGCGUCCGUUUGACGAUGGCGGUCUGUCCGCUCUGAAGGGCUGCCCAGAGUGCCGCCAGCCAAUCACAGGCCUCCGCCGGUACGGCCGGAUGGUGAACAAGGCGCUGCUGGACGAAUCAGAGCGCAAGUUCGCCCUCAGCUGCCUGGCAGACCAGCAGCAGCUCCACCAGAAGCUGUCUCAGCUGAGCCAGGCUGUAUCUGCGUGUCCGGAGGCUGCCCAACCGUGGCAGGUAUGGGGGUUAGCUCGAGCUGCAACCUUUCUGGUAGUGGAGGCAAGCAAGCUGCAAGGCACGGCUAUGGAACCGCCUACUCAGAAGACCUACCAGGCUUCUGUAGCUGCACUGCAGAGAAAGCACCUCCUGUUGGGAGCUUCACCAUCCGGAGCCGAUUCACCUGCAGAUUCUCCUGAGAAUCUGGGUGCUGUCUCGUCUGCGUCAGCGUGGGAAGAGGAGUGCCAGCUGCUGUAUGUGCCCCAGCCAGACCCCCGGCCUCUCUGCGAAGCCCUCAUGCUGCUGGGGAAAGCUUACCAGCUGCUCAUGGCUGCCAAUUUUCCCCAGCUGCGCUGCCUGCUGAAAGAACUCCAGAAUCUGGCUCCUCAGAAUGCGCGUCCGAAUGCUCGUCAGAAUGCUGGUCAAAAUGCUGGUCAGACUGAUAAGAACAGCACUGAUAGAGCAGCGUUCUUGGCGGGGCACGUGGAGAAUUGCAGGGCGGUUGUGCUGAUGGGUCUGAGGUACGCAGAGAGGCACGUGGGGGAGGCGGUGGAGUUGGCUGGCAGGCGCAAGGUGCAUCGGCUGGAGGCAAGGGGGAGGCUGGAGAUGGCUGAUGUGUUCCGUGCGUUUGUGGAGGGGAUGGUGGUGGAGCGCCUGCUCUCAACCUCCCCGGCUGGCCUGGACGCGUUAAUGGACGCUCUGCUAUCUCUAGGAGCCACUACAUGCUCCAUAGAGGAUGCCAAUACGGGCACAGAAGCCGAGCAGGAGAUAUACUCAUCCGGGCCCAUUCCCUGGGAUCCCAGUGGCCCCCGCAACCUCUGGAAUCAGACUCGGCUACGGGCGUUCUUCCCAGCCAAUCAGGACGAGGAGAACAUCCGCAGCACUGUUCACCGGGCAGCAGACUCAGUGCAGUGGGCCAUGGGGGGGUGGGGGGAGGAGGAGGAAGAGGGAGAGGAAGGUGGAGGAGGGAAGGAUGGGGAGGAGAGGGAGGGGGGUGUGGGAGUAAUGUUGCUGGGGGCAGAGGAGGUGGUGGAGCGAGACUGGGUGCAGCAAGUACAGGACUCCUUCCAUCCCAUCCGCGUGGACCAAGGCCUUUGGAUCGUCCCAUCCUGGGCCACACUUCCUGAAGAGAUCUCUCAAGAGGAGUCCCAAGACCACCCCUCUCUAGCCAUCACUCUCGAGCCUGGUCUCGCAUUCGGCACCGGCGAUCACCCCACCACCCGCCUCUGCCUGCGCUGGCUCCGCUCGGUCGUGACACCUGGCAGCACGCUAUUGGACUACGGCACAGGCUCUGGCGUGCUUACGAUUGCGGGGAUCAGGAUGGGAGCAGCAGCAGCGGUGGGGGUGGAUAUCGAUGAGCUGUCAGUGGCAGCAGCAGCCCACAACGCAUCCCUCAACAGCAUCUCCUCUUCGCAAUUCACCGUCCUUCUCACACACCCGGAUGGCCCAGACCCUCUUAACGAGUUUGACAAUAAUGAAGCAGGAGGGGCCGGUGCUACGGAAUCUAGGGUUGGUGGUAGUGUAACUCUGCCGUCCCUCCCUGCUGAGCUGGCGGUGUCUGAUUCGUCGGAGCCACGCGUGCUGUUUGACGUUGUGGCCGCCAACAUCCUCGUCAACCCUCUUCUUCUAUUGGCUGAACGGAUUUCUUCCAGAACCAAGCCUGGUGGGAGGCUUGGGUUGUCAGGCAUAUUGACCAAUCAGGUGGAGCAAGUAGUUACAGCAUACACUCCAUAUGCCAAAGUAAUCUCUAUUGAAGAGGAGGAUGGGUGGGCCCUUGUUCACUUGCAAAGAAACCAGUGA